AAGAAGGAAGGAAGGAGGAAGGAUGAGCGCUAUGUAGAUAAUGUUUCUCUAUGUAGCCUGUGAUUUACACCUGCGAUGAUCUAAUGCAAAGCAAUACAGACCCUUUUCUAAAAGCCAUAAAGCAGUCCGCAAAUGUGAUGCACAGAUUUGCACAAUCAAAGCGACAUCGCGCUUAUAUUGGGUGGAUGUUAUAUUUAAACUCUCCGUGAACGGAUAUUGUGUUUAUUUUCUUCGGGUCGGUCCUGCUGGAGCUGCACCGGGCCUUUGCUAUGCAGUAAUGGAGCAGCUAUUAUUUCUUGUAAUUUUCUACUUGCUUCCUACUCUCAUCUCGUCCAUACAUAAUUCAACGACCGGAGGAUGUACAAUCAUUCGUCCCCCCAGAGACGGAGGGAUCCGCUACAGAGGACUGACUCAGGAACAGAUCCGCAGUGUGCAGAUAUUGCCAGUGGACUAUGAAAUAGAAUAUAUCUGUAGAGGAAGCAGAAUUAUUGUGGGGCCCAAGGUCCGAAAGUGCCUCCCCAAUGGCACCUGGACUGACAUUAACCAGCUCAGCAGAUGCUUAUUGGUUUGCCCUCGUUCCUGGAUGUCUCUGGAGAACGGGAGGGUGGCGCUGCUGCCCCCUGGACAACCAGUAGAGGGCACAGUUCUUCGCUACAGCUGUCAUGCUGGCUUCCUACUGGAGGGUUUCAAUAUCUCGCACUGUACCAAGCUAGGCAAAUGGGACUCACCUAAACCACUCUGUGUCUAUGACAGUAACUAUACAGGAAAGAAGAAACUGUACAUCGGAGCUCUGUUUCCCAUGAGUGGAGGAUGGCCCGGUGGUCAAGCGUGUCUCCCCGCAGCCCAGAUGGCUUUAGAUCUCGUGAACAACCGGACUGACAUUCUUCCGGACUACGAGCUGGAGCUCAUUCAUUACGACAGCAUGUGUGAUCCUGGAGAGGCCACUAAACUGCUGUAUGACUUGCUGUACACAGAGCCCAUAAAGAUCGUCUUGAUGCCGGGCUGCAGCUCCGUGUCUACGCUGGUGGCCGAGGCGGCACGCAUGUGGAACCUUAUAGUGUUUUCAUACGGCUCCAGUUCUCCAGCUUUAUCCAACCGCCAGCGCUUUCCCACUUUCUUCCGUACGCACCCGUCAGCAACUCUGCAUAAUCCCACACGUGUGCGGCUCUUCCAGAAGUGGGAAUGGACAAAGAUUGCCACCAUCCAGCAGACCACUGAAGUCUUUACCUCAACUUUGGAUGAUCUGGAGGAGCGUGUGAAGGAGGCCGGCAUCGAGAUAAGCGUUAGACAGAGCUUCCUCACGGAUCCCGCAGUGGCUGUCAAAAACCUGAAGCGUCAAGAUGCUAGAAUCAUAGUCGGCCUGUUUUACGAGACUGAAGCCAGAAAGGUGUUUUGCGAGGUCUUCAAAGAGAAACUCUAUGGUAAGAAGUACGUAUGGUUCCUCAUCGGCUGGUAUGCAGACAACUGGUUUAAGAUCAAAGAUCCGGCCAUCAACUGCACAGUGGAGAACAUGACGGAAGCCGUGGAAGGGCACGUCACCACUGAAAUCGUCAUGCUGAACCCGGAGACCGUCCGCGGUGCCUCCAACCUGACCUCCCAAGAGUUCCUGGCCCAGCUGAUGUCACGUCUCGGGGGGAAGAACCCGGAAGAAACGGGCGGAUUUCAGGAAGCUCCGCUCGCAUAUGAUGCCGUAUGGGCUCUUGCACUGGCCCUCAAUAAAACAGUGGCCCCUCUAAGGGCCAAAGGCUGGGCACUGGAGGACUUCAACUACAACAACAAGGAAAUCACUGCCGAGAUUUACCGAGCACUCAACACCAGCUCGUUUGAAGGAGUGUCUGGUCAUGUCGUGUUUGAUGCUCAAGGUUCACGUAUGGCCUGGACUCUCAUUGAGCAACUUCAAGGUGGGAGCUACAAGAAGAUUGGGUACUAUGACAGCACAAAAGGCAACCUGUCCUGGUACGGAAACGACAAAUGGAUCGGCUCUGGCCCUCCAGCAGACCAGACCAAGGUGAUUGUGGAGUUUCGUUUCCUUUCCCAGAAGCUCUUUGUGUCUGUGUCUGUCUUUGCUGGGCUGGGAAUCCUUCUGGGCAUAGUCUGCCUCUCCUUCAACAUAUACAACAGUAGCGUCAGAUACAUUCAGAACUCUCAGCCCUAUCUGAACAACAUGACGGCGGUGGGUUGCGUGCUGGCAUUAGCAGCUGUCUUUCCUCUGGGCAUCGAUGGCCUUCACGUCCAUAAAUCACGGUUCCCAGUGGUGUGCCAGUUUCGCCUGUGGCUGCUUGGACUAGGCUUUAGUUUAGCCUAUGGCAGCAUGUUCACCAAGAUCUGGUGGGUUCACACUGUCUUCACCAAGAAAGAUGAGAAAAAAGAGAAGAGGAAGCAUUUGGAGCCGUGGAAGCUGUAUGCGACCGUUGCAGUUCUGCUGGCUAUUGAUGUUCUCUCUCUGCUUAUCUGGCAGAUCGUGGACCCUCUGCACAGAACGGUGGAGAAGUUCACUAAAGAGGCUCCUAAAGAAGAUCUAGAUGUGUUGAUUCAGCCUCUUCUCGAGCACUGCAGUUCAGAGAAGAUGAACACGUGGCUUGGUGUGGUGUACGGCUACAAGGGGCUUCUGCUGCUGCUGGGAAUCUUUCUGGCCUACGAGACCAAGUCCAUUUCCACAGAGAAGAUUAAUGACCAUAGAGCGGUCGGCAUGGCCAUCUACAAUGUAGCUGUGCUGUGCAUGAUUACUGCUCCGGUGACCAUGAUCCUUUCCUCUCAACAGGAUGCUUCAUUUGCAUUCGCCUCUCUGGCUAUCAUCUUCUCCGUCUACAUCACCCUCGUGGUGCUCUUUGUACCCAAGAUACGGCGUUUGAUCACUCGUGGCGAGUGGCAGUCAGAGCAGCAGGACACGCUGAAAACCGGCUCGUCUACCAACAACAACGACGAGGAGAAGUCAAGACAGCUGGAGCGUGAAAACAGGGAACUCCAGAAGAUCAUUCAAGAGAAGGAAGAAAGAGUGACAGAACUGCGAAAUCAGCUUGCAGAACGUCAGGCCUUGCGUUCUCGCAGACGCCCGUCCGUCCAGAAUCAGAACCAGAACCACAGCGUCCCGUCGUCUCACGCUGAACCCCCCAGCUACUCCCCCACAACGGACAAACAGUCCCUUCCUCCGUCCUUCUCCAAUUCUUCCAACCUGUACCAGGGCGAGGGGAAACUGAGCCGAAACAACUGCCACAACAGCCGUCUGCCCCUUCUGUAUAAAUGAGUCUGGGAUGGUGGAAUCUCAAGAAGGCAAUGUAAAGUAGUUUAUGUACUUUAUUUUAAAGUCUCCUGACAUUCCUUACCCCGUUCACUUUUGAUAACUUCCUAUCUUAGUUAUAAAAACACAUUCUUUUUAAAUGUAUUUAUAUGAAACCACUUUCUGCUCCAACUACACUACCAUUCAAAGGUUUGGGGUCAGUAUAAUUUUUUAAAAAUGUAUUUCAAAGACAUCCCUCACCAAGGCUGCAUUUUUUUGAUCAAAAAUACAGUAAAAACAGUAAUAAUGUAAAAUAUUAUUACAAUUUAAAAUAACUGUUUUCUAUUUUGAUAUAUUUUAAAACAUAAUUUAUUUCUGUGAUCCAAAGCGUAUUUUUCACCAUCAUUACUAGAGUCUUUAGUGUCACAUGAUCUUUCAGAAAUCAAUCUAAUAUGCUGAUUUGCUGUUUAGGAAAUAUUUAUUAUUAUCAUUGGUGAAAAUUUUGUGGAAACCAGGACACAUUGCAAAUCUUUCGUAACAUUAUAAACAUCUUUGCUGUCACUUUUAAUCAAUUUAAUGCAUCCUUGUUGAAUAAAUAUUCAUUUCUUUCCCCAAACAAUCAUACACAACCAAAACUUUUGAACAUUAGUGUAUAAGGAAAUGAAAAUUCUGUUGGACAGCCAUAGAGUGUGGUGCUUUCACACAAUAAAAACCAAUGAUGUCAGAAAAUAUUACAUACUUGUGCAUUAAUCAAACCUUCUGAAUAGCACAAAUAAUAAUUUCAUCUUGACUUGUUCCUCGUUUUCUUAAAAUGAAAGGGUUAUGUUGAGGCAGUUACAAUGGAAUGAGGAUUUAAAAGCAAAAACACAAAGCUUGUAACUUCAAAAAAAGCCACAAAGUUGAUAAAAUAGUCAUUUUUACAGUUGUUUUAGGGUUUAUUUGGUGUUUCUUUGUUGUAGGUAAACCCAUAUGGCAAAAACAUAUAUUUUUGUGGCUAAAAUGUGAAAUACAUGCUGAAUAUAUGUUGCAAAUGGUGAAGCUCAAUUAAAUAUAUUUUUGAAAUAGAAAAUAUAUUUAAUUUCAACUUUCAUACACCAAAAUAUAUUUCUAAAUGUAUUUCAGGAGCAAGACAAUACAUUUUAGUAGGAUACAUUUAGAGUAAAUACAAAUGCGGAUGUCCUUCAAGAGAUUUAUAAUGUUUUAUUAAUAUUUUCUAUUUUUAUAAAUUGAAAUAUUGAUGUUUAUUUAAAUAUAUUAAGUUUUUCUUUAAAUGUGACACGAUGUGAAUGCAUUUUCUUGGAUUGAAAAAUAUAUAUUUAAAUGCUUUUUUAAAAAUAUACAUUUAAAUAUAUAUUUUAAUAAACACAAAAAAUGGCCAAAAAUAUAUUGGUAGAAAAUAUAUUCAAGUAAAUAUUUUUUAAACAUAUUUUAGCAAAUAUAUAUUUUGGGCCUUUUUUGUAGAUUUUUAAAUCUAUUUAUAAUAUACACUAUCAGUCAAAAGUCUCUUCUGCUCACCCAGCCGGGAUUUAUUUGAUCCAGAGAACAGCAAAUAUAGUACAAUUUGGAAAUAUUUUUAUUUAAAAUAACUAUUUUCUAUUUGAUUAUAUUUUAAAAUGUAAUUUAUUCAUGUGAUCAAAGCUACAUUUUCAGCAUCAUUACUCCAGUCUUCAGUGUCACAUGAUCCUUCAGAAAUUAUUAUUAUCAUCAUCAAUGUUUAAAACAGUUGAGUACAUUUUUUCCCCAGGAUUUUUUGAUAAAUAGAAAAAUCCAAAGAUCAGCAUUUAUCUAAAAUAAAAAGUAUAUUUAAUAAAUGUAUAAAUAUUUAAUAAUAAAUGUUUUUUGAGCAGCAAAUCAGAAUAUUAGAAUGAUUUUUGAAGGAUCAUAUGACUAAAGUAAUGAUGCUAAAAAUUCAGCUUUGAAAUCACCAGAAUAAAUUAAAUUUUAAAAUAUAUUCAAAUAGAAAAACCAGCUAUUUUCAGUAGUAAAAAUAUUUUUAAAAAUUACAGUUUUUGCUGUACUUUGGAUCAAAUAAAUGCAGGCUUAGUGAGCAGAAAAGACUUCUUUAAAAACAAUAAAAAUCUUACUGUUCAAACACUUUUAACUGGUAGUGUAUAUUUUUUUUUUUUUUUUUUUUUUGCUGUAUGGGAAGUCAUGUAAACAUGGAUAUCAUGCAAACAUUAAUUUGAAACAAUGAGAAUUUAAUAUCAGCAUCUGUGUUCUAAAUGCAAGUUAUAGAACACAUAUUAUGAACAAUUCGUCCAUUUAAAAAUUUACCUUGUAAUGUUUCAUCAAAAUGUCAACUAAAUGUCAACUUCAACAACCGAUUCUUCAAACUAAGUUUCGCCCUACAUUUUUUCAUUUUCGAUAAUAUAGAGAAAAAUGAUCUGACGCACUCUAGUUUCAUUGCAACUCCAUCCACUUCUGUUGUAAAUGCCUCACUAGCCAAGUCUUUCCUUUUUGAAAGUAAAAGAGGGACAAAUGGGGAUCAAUUUUGCUAAUGAAUAUUGUCAGUUGAGCUAAACUUGUAUUGAACCUGUAAUACUCCUUCAGGAGCUAGACAGAGUUAAAGGCCAGACUGAGUGAGAGGGAGAGUGGCUUAAAUCAGGUUUGCGCUCUGUCAUUAUUGUGCCCUUGACCGUAGCACUUAAAUCGGAGUUCUUCAAGGGGAACUGACUGUUUUCACAAUUGGCCCUGCGUAAAUCCCUUCGGAUAAAGCGUCUUUUAAACACUAGGACAGGGGUGUUUAGGAAGGAUUGUGUGGGUGCUGGAGCCAGACCCGGUCAAACCUUUCUUUGAAUUAUUUUGUUGAGUGACAGCGAAGGAAGAAGAGCGUGUCUCCGUGCUUCACUUAGCAUUUGACGAGACCGUCACUUUAAUGAGACAGACCUUGCAUUGCGCCAACAGACGGAAUCAGAUGAAUUGCUCGCUCUCUCUCUCUCUCUCUCUCUCUCUCAUCCAGCUCACAAAGGAAAUGAGACAAGGUUUUAGCCCAACCUGUGAUUUACUUACUCCUAAAGGUAUUUGACCCGAGUCUGGUCGAUACUCUAUUUUCCUCGUGUGCUUUUUCUCCUUUAAUCCCUACGGCCGUGUGCCAGGGUGCUUUAUUGGCUUCUCUGUCCUUGUCUCACCCUCUCCAAACUCCCGUUUUUUUAUAACCGUAGUAGUAGAAGUGAACUGGAGUGAAGUGGAAAAGAAUGAAAGAAGAGUUUGUUUUGCUCUGGACUGUACAAAACAAGCAUAUUAGCAUACAGACGUGAUGCAAGAUGCUUCUGAUGAGAUCAUCACUAAAAGCUUAUUUGUUUGUCAAAUCAUCUGUGAUGCUUGUGAUUUGUGUGUUACAUCACAGUUCAUGUGAAAAACAAGCACAGGCCUCUAAACAGCUUCUGUAGCUUUUGCACUUUCAGGCCAAAUUGAUCCAACAGACACGUCUCACAUCACACAACACUGUAGGGUCAUUAAAAAAAUAACUUUUUAUUUAUUUAUUUAUUUAUUUAUUUAUUUAAUAAAUGUAGUUAUUUAUUUAUUUGUAUUUUUUUUUAUAUGUAUGUAUGUAUGUAUGUUUUGGAGGUGAGCACUUUUCUUUGCCAAAUUCAAGGCCAUUAAUUAGUCUGUCUAUCUAUCUAUCUAUCUAUCUAUCUAUCUAUCUAUCUAUAAUCUCUCUCUCUCUCUCUCUCUCUCUCUGUAUAUAUUAUAAUAAUUAAUGUUAUGUAUUUAUUUAUCUUGGGUGAGCCCUCUUUCCAAAUUAUAUAUAUAUAUAAUAUAUGAAUUAUUAAUAUAUAUUAAUUGUAAUAAUUUAUUAUUUAUUUUUUAUUUAUAAAUAAGGUAUAACAUUUAUUUUUGUUUAUUUAUUUAUAUAUUUAUUUAGGGUCAGCCCUCUUUCCAUAUAUAUAUAUAUAUAUAUAUGUAUAAUUUAAAAUUAAAUUUUAUUUUUUAUGUAUAAAUAAGGUAUUAUAUAUAUAUAUAUAUAUAUAUAUAAACUCGAGACCAAUGUAUAAUUGUGUGUGUGUGUGUGUGCAGAAGUAAAUUAUUUAUUUAUUUAUUUAUCUGAGAUCAUUUAUUAUUAAAAUAUUUCUUAAUUUAAUAGUUUAAUUUCAUUUUUCUUUCACAUAUUGAUUUUUUUUUUUCAAAGUUUGCCUCUUAUGAGUGACAUUUGACACAUGAGUGCUCUUCACAAUUAUCUUUCUCCAGAUUAUAAAUCUCUUCCCCCAAAUUCAAGACCAUUACUUGGUCUGUGCAAUAUUUAUUUAUUUACUUAGUGUUUUCAAAUUAAUUUUAUUGUUUCCUUUUUUAUGGGUAACAAAUUUGUUGUGCCUCUUUCGAAUAACAGUAAACGAAUGAGUGCUGUUCACAAUUGUUUGUAUGCGUUGUAAGGAUGAUAUCACUUUUUUUGUAAAUUUUAAAUGAUAUUUAUGACCAUUCUGUAACAUUUAAACUGAAGUGUUAUGCUUAGAGACUUUCCCAGUUAUUUAUCACCUCAUAAACACUGUCAUAGUGGCAGAAAUCAUAGAAACUACAACCAUAACUAGAUCUAUAAAAUUGAAUUGACUCUCUCUUCUUGUACUUUUUUUUUUUUUUUUUGAAUUAUUAUAACAAGUAGAGUCAAUGCUUAAACUUUUGUACCUGUGGACAAUCUCUGUGUAUAUUUAGAAUUAUUGCAAUAUUACAGUGAUAUAAUCUUUAUUUCUGAUGGUAAGACAAUCACGUAAUACUUGUUUACACAAUAAUACAAUAUUUGGGUAUUUUAAUUUAAGUUGUGCAUUGCUGCAUGUUGCAUUAUUCUUAUAUGAUAAGUACUCAUGUAUAAACAAACUAACAUAUAACAAGCAAUGAUUCACAGCUGGUGACUGGACAGCUAGGCAUUGUACAGCACAUUGUUUUCCCUCUAUAUAUCAACAUUCUAGUAAUGUAGCUCAGGGUGUGUGACUAACACUUGACACACGGUAAAGGUACAAUCUGUAAUUCGUGAAACAGUGCCUUUUGAAUGGAUGGGAGGGAUUCUUUGUAAACAUCUGUGUGGAGUCAGCGCUGACGUACAUGGGAGGGUUCUUCUUAUUCUGAGGCAUUUCUUUCUCUAAAGGCUGUGCGGUUGCAGCAGUUAUGGAUUUUCCUUCAACUGUUCAAUUGUCAGGUGUGUGCACUGUACCACAAGGAUUUUUUUUGAUACUUCCAAGAGUCUAAAAACAAUGUAAUUAAUUCCCUUGUAAUUUUUCAACUGACAAAAACUGUAUGUAUGUUAAGCUGUAGAAAGUUUCUCUAAAUAUGCAAACUUUCUGGAUGUCAACAUUCAAUAAACUCAUCAUUUUGCACUGAGA